AUGACAAUUCCACGACAGUAUACACCUGACAAUAUGUUCAACAACCCGUAUCCCAAUGCGAACAAGUUUCGACGACCGGCGGCUUCGUCGGAGCCCACGAGCGUGGUCCCGACGCCUCCAUCAGGCCGGCCGAAGCAUUCCUCCGCGCCGCCUCCUCCGACCCCCAUCCCGCCGGCCCCUGAGGUCCUCUGCCCCGCCGGCUCCGACCGCCCUAACCGCCAUCCGCUGCCAUCCUCCGCCGGCCCCGGCGAGCCCACCCAGCCGGCAGCUGCUGUCCUUGGACCUCUGCCUCGCUCUCAUCGUGUGAAGUGGAAUGAGGACAAUCUGUAUGAGAUUGAAUCAAACAAGCCAGUGCGGCAGAAGAUAGCCGAGCCCAAGACACCGUAUCACCCUAUGAUGGAUGAUGAUGGGUCACUAUCACCAACACACCCUUUCGACAAGUGUCUAGAUGCGACUGUUAGUGCAGAAGAUAUAUUAACUGCUUUAAAUGGUGUGGCCUCUUCAAGUAAAAAUGAUUCAAAGGAUGAUGAGUGGGCAUCCUCAGAUGAUGACGCAGAUGCCAUAGAACAUGAUGGUGACUCAGAAGCUGACAAAUCAUCAGUGAGUUUCAAGGAGCACCACCGCAAUCACUACCAUGAAUUCCGCAAGGUCAAGGAACUGACGCGCACUGGAUCCCUGGUUGAAGAUGGGGCCCGUGCGAAUGAGCGAACUGCAAACAACGUCGAAGACAAAACCGCACGAGAGAAGGCAACAGGCGACAAGAGUGAAUCGUCAACAUCACCUCAAGUAUGA